GCUCAAGUGCCCAAGGCCAAAUCCCAGUGCCCACACGUGACACGGCCCACAAGCCACUGUCGCCACACAGACGCAGCUGACAGCACCCAGCCCCGCUCGGCCCCAGCCACUCCCAGCCCCAUGCCAGCCCAGUCCCACUGUCCCAGAUUCUCAAAUUGCCAGGCUCCAGAGCACAACGAGCCCUAGCCCUAUUCCGGCACGAAACCCUUGGUCUUCCACACUUCGAACCAGCAGGAGCCCUUCGCGAGUUCGUCAGGAGCUUCGUGAGUUCGUCGUGGACCCUUCGAACCAGCAGCAGGAGCUUCGUGAGUUGGUCUUCCACAGUGCGAACCAGCAGGAGCCCUUCGCGAGUUCGUCAGGAGCUUCGUGAGUUCAUCGUCGACAUUUCGAACCAGAAGGAGCUCUUCGCAAACUCGUUUUCGAGCCUUCGUGAGUUCAUCUGCUUCGAAGUUCGAACUUUAUCGUAACAUGCUGCAUAAAAUGGAAGCUGAGGUUGAUCACUAUAGGGUUUUGGGAUUACCUUCUGGUGAGGAAGGGGCAAAGCUCUCAGAAAAGGAGAUUAAAACAGCUUAUAGAUCGAAGGCUUUGGAAUUGCACCCGGACAAGAGACCAGAUGACCCAAAUGCUCAUGCAAACUUCCAAAAGCUUAAAUCAUCUUACGAGAUUUUAAAGGAUGCAAAAGCCAGAAAAUUGUUUGACGAUCUACUCCGUGUCAAGCGUGAACAACAGCACCGCCAAACUCAAUAUGAUUCCAAACGCAGAAAGAUGGUGUCGGAUCUUGAAGAAAGAGAGCGAGCGGCCUUUGCUCCAGACCCCAUUGCAAAAUCUCGAGAAGAAGAAGAAAGAAUUGCUAGGCAGCUCAAGGAAGAGAUUGCAAGAAUCAGAGCCAUGCAUGCAAAUAAGUCAGCAUCUAAAACACCAAUCUCAAAGAAAGAGACUGCAGGUGUAGGAAAAGAGAGCAGCAGGGUUGGCGAUGGGGGCGGCUUGGAUAAGGAGAAGGUACUCAAGGUGUCGUGGGAGAGGGUUGGUGAGGACUAUGAUGCUAAGAGGUUGAGGGAAUUAUUUGAGAAGUUUGGAGGGGUUGAAGAUGUAGUGAUCAAGAGUUCUAAGAAAAGAGGUUCAGCAAUUGUUGUUAUGGCGUCUAGAGAUGCAGCUGUUGCUGCCACAGGGAACGUAUUGGGAGAUGUUUCGAAUCCUCUCCUUGUCCUACCUCUUCAACAAGCUGUAACAAAAGAAGUUCCUAGUGUCCCAGAGUUUGUGGAACACAAUCACUUGAAUAACCUUGUUGGGGCUGGAUAUCAAGCAUUUGAAGAUUCUGUUUUGAAGAAACUCCAAAAGGCAGCAGGAAGUCAAAAGUAACGUGCAGAAACAUGGAAAGAGGUUUCCAAGUGUACUCCAGAGCUAAUGAUCUCACUUGAUCCUGAGGUAGAGCAAAUUUUAUGAGUAGCAUUCCCUAUUUGUGCCCUCUUUGCAUUCUUAUUGUUUUCUUUAUACACCUGCUUUUCUCUAUUCUUUCCCUGACUUCUGAAGAUUGAGUUGUACUAGGACAACAGUGGAUGUUCAAACCUCUUGACAAGCAUGCUCCUAUGCCGCUCGCAAAUAUGAAUGCUUUAUACCCCCCCAUGGAUUCACAAUGAUCCAGUCUAACUCUCUUUUGGUGGUUCUGUUGUAAAACAUGUUCUACUUUAGUAAUAUAAUCUACUAUAGUCCAGUCUAAAUUUGCUUACUGGAUUUAAGUUUUUUUUUUUUUUUUCUUUUUUAAAUAAACAGUUAUACUUUUUGAAUUAGAUAUUCUGUACAAUAUCAAUAUAUAGUUUGAGAUUGUUUAGCAAA